UAUAGAAAUCGUCUUAAUAUUCAAAAAAGAACUUUUCUCGUUCAAAUUUCUUUUUUGUUCUCUUACAUUUCCCGGAAAAAUGUGUGUGAAAAUAUUAAAAUGAAGCAGCACUAAUCAAAAAGUUAAAAAAAAAUGAGAAUUAAAUUGCAUUUUAAGGAGACCAACCAGGAAAACAUAAAAAAACCAAAAAAAAAGCAAAUCAAAAAAUUAUUUCAACUUCUGAUCAUGGAAAACUUCAAUAACUUCUUUCAACAACAAAUUUGGAACAGUAAUAAGAAUUUACAUCAACAUGCUCAUCAACAACUUCGAAGUGAAAUUUCUUCCACUGAGAAAGGUGGAAUGUCGUCUGGUCCAUCGCCAAGUUCCAUUCUGAGUCCUAGCAAGUUGGUGCAAUCCCAACCACCUCAUUCUACCAAUUUGUCAAUCGAUAAUCGAUUGUAUUUGGAUGGAUUGAGACAACAGCAACAAGCGAGACACCAACAAAGCAGCUUCUCAAAUGGAACUCUGACUAUUUCACCAGCUCUUGGUGGUGGAAGCUCGAGAGAUAACAACAACAAUGGCCUUAACAAUCAAACGGUUUCAUUUUCAAGUCAGAAAAUGUUAAAUCGUUUGGAUAUUGAUGCAAUUCGUAACAUCAGCGGCCAUAGGAAUGUUGGAAGUUGCAGUGGUGCGAGUAGCUUAGCUCAUCAUCAGCAUGGAACAAUUCUGUUUAAUACUUUAAACGGUGGUGCCUUGGGUGCAGGAAGCAGUAGCAGCAGCAGCAGUUUGAUGAAUCAGGGAUCAUCAACUGAAUGCUUUAAUGGACCAGACUUAGUCGACAGUACAACGCCACCACCAACUGCCAUUUCGAUGCCUCCGGCAUCAUCUGCCUCAUCAUCUUCGUCAACAGUUAGUACAAAUAUAGGAUUAAAUAGAAACAGUAAUGGUAGUCAGGAUGCGAAUCCAGAAAAGAUUAAAACACCGAAUUCUAUUCGA